AUGCAAGCCCGUGUGCUGUGGUGGCUGGCCCUUGGCAUCGUACUGGGGAUUCCUGCAGGAGCCAAGCCGAUGCCAGAGGAAGCAGACCCCUACACCCAGCCGCCAGCCAUGCCCUACUGGCCAUUCUCCACCUCUGACUUCUGGAACUACGUGCAAUAUUUCCAGACCCAGGGUGCCUAUCCACAGAUUGAGGACAUGGCCAGAACCUUCUUUGCACACUUCCCUCUGGGGAGCACCCUGGGCUUCCACGUUCCCUACCAGGAGGACUGAGCAGUGUCCUCCAGUCUGCUGCCUGCUUGGCUGCACCGGCUGGGGCCUACGGUGGUCCAGAGACACA